UUAAAUGGUGUAAAACUGGAUGAAGAGGUUUUAAAUUUCGAAUAAUUAUCCAAACUUUGUAUGUUUCAUAUUACUAUCCAUUUCCGAUAUUUACAUAACGUAAAUCUUACGAAGAGUUUAUGAGAGGAAAUAUAUAGCUCAAAUAUGUUGCGCCUUUCGGGACUUAUUUUCGUUGCCUUGUGUGUGGUCCAUUCUAGAGCUGGUGACGACGUUUUCUGUUACAGGAAGGAGGUAGAGCUGGCUUGGAAACUAUGUGAACGGGCAUACCAACUAAGCGAUGGGAACAACAUUGGUAUCGAGGAGAUGUGCAGCAAUAUUGACUGCCUUAUCCAGUGCAAAAUCGACGCAGUUGGUGACUGUACAAAAAGUGACCAAUUUCUUGAUAAGAUGCUAGAGUAUGACCCUGAAAAAUGGAAGAUGUACUUCAGAAUCGCGUGCUCAGAUGUUACAUUUGCGACAGAGCAAAGCAAAAGCGAGUCACGUUGCGUAGUCAACGAUACUUUAUGUUCUCCCGAUGAUCUCUCUAAAAGCUUCUUGUACGGUCUUUUUAACCUCUACAACAACGGCAAAUAUGAUGAAUACAAGGAGCUAUUGUGCAACACUACUGCUGUUGCACGAGACUGCCUUCGUGUAUUCCCCACAGCAAACUGUUCAGAGUCUAGCGCGAGAAUCUUCUUAGACAUUGCAAAGACUAGCAGCUCACUUUCUUUUUGUGACAACAAGGACAUCAAACAUUUAUACACAAAACACGGCGGCGAUGCGAAAUGUGCAAAUCCUAAAUUGGACAGCAAAUGUUUCAUAUCAAGCUUAGGGUCUAGGGUGUCACGAUGCACGACGUUUUCGCUUCACACCCUUGUUGACCAGCGUUUGUCACCAAAUAUUGACGAAUUCUGCAAUAGUCUAGAAUGUAACAUAAAAUGCUACGAAGAUGCUGUAAGCGACUGUGACAAGCAGGAAAGAUACUUUGAUUUUGACCAAGUUGCCGUGAAGGUGGAAAACAGAGCCGCAUGUAAUAAUAAGGAAGAGCUCAAAACUGCAGUGACAGAAUGCAGUAUCCGAAACACGACGUGUUCUACAGAAUUUAACAAAUCCCGUUCAGAAGCAGAUGUCUUUUUACAGCAUCAAAAUUACACGGGAUAUAGACAAGCUAUGUGCAGUGCUACCUCAAAAUUCAUCGACUGUGUGGAUUACGUUGUUGCUGGAAAAUGCACGGACGAGAUGGCAACUCUCUUGAAAGAUAUGAUUACAGUCACGUUCAGCUACAGCAAAUGUGGUCCACAAAACCACGCCUUCUUUUCUAAACAUGGCGCCGAUACCAAAUGCGUCACUUCCGGAAGCGGCAAACCUUUGCUUAACAUUUUUCUGUCCUCGAUGAUUAUGUUGCUUCUUGUGUUGUUAUAUUAAUAGAAACAUCAGUUGUUUAAAUAUUUUUACAAAAUGUUCAAAUCUAAAUAACCAACGUUCGAGCUGACAAAUUGGAACGUUAUAUUGGACAGUUAUAUUGCCAAGAAUGCAUAAAAGCCCCACCAAGCAAUGAGGUACAACAUGUCAGAAAAGCUAUUUGAUAUCACUUCAUUCCAUCUCUUUUCGGUCCCAUGCCUUAGUUGUGUAUUGCAUAACUGCAUAUUCAUGCGCUUGACAUUAUUUGACACACGCCUUAAUAUAUUUAUUAUUCAAGUUUUUUUUUCUGUGAACAAUCUAAAUGUGUUAAUGCAUCACCUAGGUUCAUGCCAAAUAUAAGAACAGUCUAGUUGCACACCUGUUAUAUCAGAAUGGAGACCGUUAACGUUAUGGUGUGCUACAUACAUACAUCGUGAAAUUGCCGCCGCCUAGGAUCAUCACAAAUUACGCCAUCAAACAAUAGAUAAAUAAUUUACACUCCUGAUAUAUCAGAAUGAAGACACUCACAAUUUUUGGCUCUUCUGUUGGGUUGUGUGAGUAUGAGAGAAUAUGAUUGUGUUCAGAUACUUGAACGCUUACAACAAGAACAAUCUGGUUGUGGAAUUGUUGAACUACAUUUUGAGCAAAAUUGUAUGAAGGAUACAGCCGUUUGAAAUUUUCUGUAGCAUCUAUUUAUGUUUUCAUCCCCGGUACGAUUCCAUAGUGAAGUGAGUAAUUGCAAAUGUAGUGUUGCAUGUCUAGUUUUAAAAUUAGGUUUUGUAUAUAUGUAUAUAUAACAUUAUGUUAUUGCACAGAAGAUUGUUUUAUAUGCAAGUGUUAAUGUUUAUAAAUGUAUAUAAAUAGUUGUUGGUUUAAGACAACCAUUGAAGAGAAUAUUCUGAGGAAGCUGAAAUAUUUGUUCGUAAUCAGGAAUACAUUAUAAGUAAAAUCACAAGCCAGACAGUUUAGAGCCAAUAGAAAUAUCAUUUGCAUUUGCAAAUUUCUCCUUCGUCACAUUUAUUUCCUAAAAAAAAAACAGCAAGGAUAUACUGUCGGAACGAUGCCUUGUUAAUUGCGCAUUCAUUUUUUAAAGGAAUGUGACAAUAUCAUUUCAGCAGAGUUUUAUGAUAUUAAGUGACUUCAUUACAUAAAUGAAACUUGUGAUUCAGCUGGAUAUAAGCGUACAGAUGGAUAUAUAUCACACCAUCCUGCAGUCAAUGAAGGUGCUGUAUCUUUUAUGCAUUCUUUCCAGUACCAAAUACUUCAAAGUUGAAGUUUUUCUGAAGUUCAAGUUAAGAACUACUGUUAUGAUUGCCAAACAAUAUAUUAAAAGACACUUUGGAAGCAUAGAAAGCAAACAAUUAAGAGCAGACUUGGUCUGUUCACGAGGAAAAAAAGGAAAAUUAAACACCCCUAACACCACUUACCACCAGCUGAAGAAAACCAGUGCUAUAAAAGAACAUUAGACACCACGAACCCAAAAGAAUAACAAUACAUUUCACAGUAUAGCAAGGUGUUUUCUUUCUUGAAUUGUAUGCGCAAAUUUUGACAUUUUAUAGUAUUUGAAUAUAAUUAUACACAUUUGUUUCCGUCUUCAUGAUUGUUGUAGUUUUAAUAACAUGUUUUUUUUUAUCAAACUGAAUGUGAAGAUAUCAAAAUUUACUACGGUAAGGUCGAAUAUUAAAUAAAAUUUGUCUUUAAAUACGGCAGCGACAAACAAGUAAAUUUAUCUUGCUUUAAAAAAAAUCGAAUGUUUCAGUUUGUAUUGAGGUAGUAACUUGAAAAAAAGGAUAUGAUUAGAUAGGUUAAUUUUUAUUGAAAUUUCAAUAAACUAUUGAAUCGAAAAA